AUGCAGGACCAACAAGAAAAGGAGACUCGGUCCAAAAGACAACAGCCUACUGGCCACGAUGCAGAAGACAUUGCUGUGCAGAUUGAUUCAACGGAGCUCGUGCAAGUGACAGAGAAUGGCCUCAAGCUGUUCCCGCAGCCGGUGGCCGAUGAUGCGUUGGAUCCCUUGAACUGGUCCAGCGCGCAAAAGCACACGAUUCUCGCCAUCAUCAUGGCUCUCUAUUUCAUGUUCACGUACAUCACGACCGUGACGGUGCCCUCCUUCCCUGCGCUGCAGGACCAGUACUCGGCCACGCUGGAGCAGGUCAACUGGACCGUCGCCAUCCCGGCCCUGGGCCUGUCCCUCGGCCCGCUCAUCUUCGCCACGCCAGCCGACACCAUCGGCCGCCGGCCCAUCAUCCUCCUCGGCACCGUCGUGGCCCUGGCAUCGACCGUCGGCGCCGCCCUCGCCCCGUCCCUGCCCACCUACAUGGCCGCCCGCUUCUUCCAGGGCCUCGGCGUCAGCCCCGCCGCUAACGUCGGCCUGGCCGUCAUCGGCGACCUCUUCCACGAGCACGAGCGCGGGUCCAAGGUCGGCCUGUGGGUGCUCGCCAUCGACUCCGGGCUGCUGUGCGGGCCCUUGGUCGGCGGCUUCACCGGCCUGGCCGGCCACGCCUGGACGCAGUGGUCGUGCGCCAUCCUCUUUGCCACCAUCCUGGUUGCCGAGCUGGCCUUCUUGCCCGAGACGCUGUACCCGCGGGACUUGAUGGCUGCGUCGUCGUCGACGCUGAACGGCUCCUCCGGUCCGGGGCGGGAGAAGAACGCCGCCGCCGCCCCUGCGUCGCCGCCGCCGCUCGUCCGGCGAACCAAGGAGCUCCCCUUUGUCAACGUCGCGCCCGUCCCUGGCAUCCACCAUCCCAACCCGCUCGACACCAUUGUGCGAUUCGUCAAGACGUUCAGGUACACCGUUGUCCCGAUCGCCAUAGUGACGUACUGCUUCGCCUGGUACUGGUGGGUUUUGUCGGUGGUGACGCUGGUGCCCGUUGCGUAUCCCGACUAUGCGCCCAACAUCCAGGGACUCUUGUUUAUUGGCCUCAUCGUCGGGACACUCGUGUCGGAGGUGCUCUUCUCCGGCAGGCUCAGCGAUCGACUCGUAAUCCACUUCACCAAGCGCGGCGCCGUCAAGACGCCCGAGAUGCGCCUCUGGCUCAUCUACCCAGCCGUGGUACUCACCGCCGUCGGCCUGGUGGUUUGGGGAGUCAGCAUCGACGAGCAGUACCACUGGAUGGUGGGCCAAGUGGCAUUUGCAUUGUUCGGCGCCGGGAUCCAAAUGGGCAACACGGCAGUCUGCGCCUACGCCGUCGACGCCUACCCGCUGCAGAGCAUGGCCGUCAUGACCUUCUACGCCGUCAUGCUCAACAUGUCGGCCUUUGUGGACCCCUUCUUCAUCGUGCCGUGGAUCGAGGCCGCCGGCUUCACCUGGGCCAUGGCCGGCCACGCCCUCAUCACCGCCGGCGUCUGCCUGCCCGUCUUUGCGCUGCUGCAUCGCUUCGGCGCGCGCCUGCGGAGCGUCGCGGGGGAGCCGGACUGGACGAACCCCGAGUUUGGGGGUGGGGGUGGGUUAGAGCUUGGAAGGCCGAGAGGGGGAGGGUUUUGA